GGAACACGUCUCCUUUACUCAGUCAGGUAACGAGAAGCCAACAACAGGACGCAGCUGCGGCGAGACUCUCCCCGAACCAAACCUCCACAAAAGCGGCGUUUUUUUUCUCCCUCUCUCCCUCCUCCUCCAUUUUCUAAACAUUUUGGCGACUUUAGUGAGUAAAUGUCGGCCGUCCAGGCGUUGGAGCAGUGGUGCAGGUGUGCGUGUGAGGGCUACAGAGACGUCAGCAUCAGCAACAUGACGUCAUCCUUCAGGAGCGGACUGGCCUUCUGCGCCCUCAUCCACAGACACAGACCUGACCUCAUAGAUUAUGAGUCUCUUCGCAAGGAGGACGUGUUUGACAACAACAAGCUGGCCUUUCAGGUGGCAGAAGAGAAGUUGGGAAUCCCGGCGCUGUUGGAUGCGGAGGACAUGGUGUCCUUAAGGAUCCCGGACAGACUCAGCAUCCUCACCUACGUCUCCCAGUACUACAACUACUUCAAAGGACGCUCGCCCAGUGAGAACACAACUGUGGGAGGAGUCAAGAGGGCGGCGGGGGGCUCCAAGGAGACGCCGUCAGAGAAGAAGAAUCACCCAGUGGCGGUCAAAACCAAGACCGCCAUCAAGAGUCCGGCCCCUCCCACCGUUGCUGCCACACAGACGUCGCCCAAGUCGGCAAAUACCGCAGCUCAGAACAAAAAUGGCACCCUGAACAGCAAGUGCGCGGCGUGCAGGAGCCACGUUCAUCUCGUCCAGCGCCACUUUGCCGAGGGCAAACUCUUCCACAGGAGCUGUUUCAUAUGCUGCGAAUGCUCCGGGACUCUCCACGCCGGAGGCUACAAACCCGGUAAAGAUCCGGACACUUUUGUCUGUAAAGUCCACAAGGAGAAGAGUACCAAACACUCCAUCGAGACUCGCGUUAAGACUGAACCCGGGCCGUUGAACGGUUCCAUCCAGCUCGAACCGCAGCCUUGCUCCGAGGUCAAGCCGGUCCACGCUGACCCCCUGACUCACUGCUGGACAUCCUCGGCGCGGAAGACUCAAGCCGCCCGUCAGAGCUUUUUCCUGGAGGCUUCGACGGCGGACUCCGCAGAGCUCUCGGGAAGGCCAGAAGAGGACUGGGGCAGAGCUGUAAAGAAACCGGCAGACCAAAACUCCAACAAUAACAACAAACGUCUGUUUUCUGUUCGCUCAGCAGAGAAACGCUUUUUUGCGUCCAGUCUGUCUGAGAACACAAGUCUGCAAAUGGUCGACUGCAGGAAAAACGUUGAAGGCACCAACAGAGAAGAAUCUCCAUGUCCUCCAGCAGUAACUCGUGACAACAUGACGCAACCAACAGCAGACGGGGAGAAGACGCUGCCGAAGGUGAGCCGCGUGAAUAAGACCGCCCACAAAACGGCGCAUCCUGAAGAGACUGUCAGAAAGCGGCUUGAAGAUGGUCCACUUUGUGAGACGCAGUCCAAGCCAAAACCUGUGGAAAGCGAACCAGAACCAAGAGAUGAUGAAUCCACCAAAGGAGAUCAGUUCUUAUCCACGACAUUCUCCAACAUCUGUGCCGGCGCGUCAACAUCACAUCCACCUCCAAUUACGUUGGCACUCGCUCGCCCCGGACCUCCAGCGGAUCCACCCAGAAGGCCCUCGCCUGUCAAAUCCCCGGCAAGACGGCCGGCUGUGGAAUCCAUCAGCUCGCCAAACUCCCAGGCAGACAUCCCGUCAGGUGCUAAAAAGGGAAAGUAUUUGUCACCCACCAACGCCUUCAGGACUGAAAUGAGGUCACCCUCUUCUUAUCACAUCCCGGCGGAGCAGAUCGAGAGCGAGCUGAGCGACAUCGAGGCGAGCGUGGCGGGUUUGGAGAGAGAAGGCGUGGAACUGGAGAGGAGGCUUCGCCGCUGUGAGAAUGAGGGUGAGGGUGACGUGCUGAUGGACCCGCUGAUGGUCGACUGGUUCAAACUCAUCCGGAAGAAGCAAGUGUUCAUCAGGAGGGAGUCAGAACUUGUUUACAUCGCCAGGACUCAGGAGUUGGAGCAGCAGCAGCCGAGAGUUGAGCAGGAACUCCGCAGGCUGCUGGAGAAGCCCGACCACGUCAAGACCUCGGAGGAACGAGCGCGGGAGAAGGCGCUGAUGCGGAGGCUGGUGGAGAUCGUGGACGGCAGGAACGCCAUCGUGGAGGUUCUGGAUGACGACCGGCUCAGGGAAGUGGCCGAGGACGAGCAGUUGAACGCCAUGAUGAAAAAUUUGGGAGUAAAGAAAGGCAAACCUAAAAGGAAAUCCUCCCUCUCAAAACUGUUCAGUCGAAGAAGUAAGAGAAGAGUGCAAUAAAAACGACAGAUGUUAGCUUUUAGAUGAACUUUUUUACUGUUUGAGUUUUAGCCAAUAUUGUUGGGUUCACAAAACCAAAAUGUACACUUUUAAAUACAAACAUGGUGUGGUGCUCUUGAUGAGCACACAUUUUCAGUCCAGUUGUUUUCCUUGCAAGUAUACAAACGUGUGUAUUUUAUUUCAAUAUUAACACGUUCACACUGCAGUACUUU